UCCAAACCACAGCUCCUAAGGAGAGUUGAGAGCUGGAGAGAUCUUCUAAAAUUCAGAGGUCUACUAUCACCAGAUCCCAGAACAUCUCCAUUGAGGAGAUAGAUCAUUUCUGUCUAUUCAGAUCUGAGGCAUCAACCAACAUCAUUCCUGGAUUCUGAGUCCUGCCAAGAAGACCAUACUCUUUAUUGGAUCACAGAUUCUGAGAAAAAUCAUCCAGUCCUCUCUGUAGACAGAGAAGGUUUCCUGACUGCUCUAAGGACGACACCACUCCUAGGAAGCCUGUUAUCUCUUGCUCCCAGUCUGGAUCUUUCAUUUCCAAGUGACUGACGCCAGUCCCCUGCCCCUCUUGUCCCCUGCUACUGAUUCCAUCCCCACUAUGGUCACCUACAAAGUCAGGGUGGCCACAGGCAAAGACCUGAUGUCUGGGACGUUUGAUUGCAUCUCACUGACCAUGGUGGGAACUUUGGGAGAGAGCCACAAGCAACGGCUGGAUCAUUUUGGGAGAGAUUUUGCCUCUGGAUCAAUUGAUAGGUACACCAUCCAGUGUGAUCAGGACCUGGGGGAGCUCAUUCUCAUCCGCCUUCACAAGGAGCGUUCCACCUUCUUCCCUAAGAACUCCUGGUACUGCAACUAUGUUCAGAUCUGCACUCCUGCAUGCAUCACCUACCACUUCCCUGUCUACCAAUGGAUAGAUGGCUAUGAGACGUUGGAGCUUCGAGAGGGCACAGGGAAGACAGUAUUAGAUGAAAACCUCCCUAUUCUGUUGACCCAUCGUCAGGAAGAGCUUAGAGCCAAACAAGACUUCUAUCGCUGGAGAGUCUUUGUUCCUGGACUUCCAAACUAUGUGCACAUUCCCAGUUACCAUCCCCCUGUUCGGCAUCGUAACCCUGAUCGGCCAGAAUGGAAUGGCUACAUCCCAGGAUUUCCAAUUCUCAUCAAUAUUAAAGCCACCAAGUUCCUGAACUCAAAUCUAAGAUUUUCUGCUAUCAAGACAGCCUCCUUUUUCCUCCGCUUGGGACCAGCGUCCUUGGGAAUGAAACUUCGGGGACUGUUAGAUGAGAAGAGGUCAUGGAAAAGGCUAAAGGAAAUCCGCAAGAUCUUCCCUGCCACCAAGACUGCCAUCUCUGAGUAUGUAUAUAAUCACUGGAAGGAGGAUCAAUUCUUUGGCUAUCAAUACCUCAAUGGCAUCAAUCCUGGUCUGCUGAAACGUUGCCUCUGCCUCCCAGAGAAAUUCCCUGUGACUGAUGACAUGGUGGCCCCAUCCCUGGGGGAAGACACCUGCCUGCAGGCUGAAUUGGAGAAGGGAAACAUCUACCUGGCAGACUACAAAAUCCUAGAGGGCAUCCCUGCUGUACAGCUUAAUGGAAGGCAGCAAUACCAUUGUGCCCCACUCUGCCUGUUGCACUGUGGACCACAGGGGGACUUGAUGCCUAUCGCUAUUCAGCUCAGUCAGACUCCUGGCCCUGAUAGCCCCAUUUUCCUUCCCACUGACCCUGAGUGGGAUUGGCUCCUUGCCAAGACCUGGGUGCGUUAUGCUGAAUUCUACUGCCAUGAAGCCAUUUCUCACCUACUGGAGACUCACCUGGUAGCAGAAGCCUUCUGUCUGGCCACCAUUCGGCAAUUGCCCAUGUGCCAUCCACUUUAUAAGCUCGUCAUCCCACACACUCGAUACACCAUCCAGAUCAACAGCAUUGGUCGUGCUCUCCUCCUGAAUGAAGGUGGCCUGUCUGACAGGGCAAUGUCUCUAGGACUAGCAGGUUUUGCUGAGGUCAUGUGCAGAGCUCUUGCUGAGACUAAAUAUGAGGAUCUCUACCUUCCCAAUGACUUCAUCCGUCGUGGGGUACAGGACCUGCCUCGAUACUAUUAUCGAGAUGACUGUCUGGCCGUGUGGGAGGCUCUUGAGACGUAUGUGUCUGAGAUCAUCAAGUAUUACUACCAGAAUGAUGCUACUGUGGAAGGAGAUACCGAACUACAAGCUUGGGUGCUGGAGAUAUUUAACGAGUGUUUUCUGGGUCGGGAGAGCUCAGGAUUCCCCACCUGCAUAAAGACAGUGCCUGAGCUCAUCCGUUAUGUCACUAUUAUCAUCUACACUUGCUCAGCCAAGCAUGCUGCUGUCAACACAGGACAGCUAGAGUACACAAGCUGGAUGCCCAAUUUCCCAUCAUCCAUGAGGUGCCCACCCAUGCAGGAGAAGGGGCUGACCACUGAAGAGAGUUUUAUGGAAUCACUGCCUGAUGUGAAAACCUCAUGCAUUGUGCUCCUUGUGCUCUGGACCCUUAGUAAAGAACCUGAUGACAAGAGACCCCUGGGUCACUUUCCUGACAUUCACUUUGUUGAGGAAGCACCAUGGAAGAGCAUCCAGAAUUUGAAAGAGCGUUUGACCCAAAUUUCCUGCAACAUCCGAGAACGGAACAAGACUCUCCCCAUUGGCUACUACUAUCUAGACCCUGCCUUAAUUGAGAACAGCAUCUCUAUCUAGAUGUUUUCUCCUGGUCCCCAACUGUAAUGCAUAUGUAUGCAUGUAUGGACAGGAUACACAUCCCAUUCAGGGUCUCCAGCCCUGAUUCUUUUUGAGGACUAGGAAACCUAUCUUCCUUUGAGGGAGAAAUGAUUUACCCUUCUAUGGAUUCCUACUUUGUACCAUCCAACACACCUUGAACUCUGUUCUUAAACACAUACACACACA